GUCUCCAUUCAUGGAGACCUUGCAUGUGCUGUCAGUGAUUUUAAAUCCUGCUGGGACAUAUCUUCAUUAAAGAAAAUGAAAGGCCGAGAGCUCUUCAUGCAGAGAGGAAAUAAUCAUCCCGCGGGUUUAUGAUGCCUAUGCCGCUUCGAGUUCUAUACUCACAUCGUCCUUCAUGGGAGAGUUUGCACUGUCCUGCAAUUGCAAGGGUUUCUUAAUUCUCCUGCCUUCAUUGGGUAUGGUUCUUGGUAUGCCUCGAUUCCGACACAGAUGUUUAGGCGUUGACACCAUCAGUAUCGACAUACAGGUGGUCAUCUCAGAUGCAAGGGUUCCAUAUGGUUGGGCUCUAACUUCUGACUGCCUGCAGUGAUGUUUCCAUACCGCCUCCCCUUGCUGGACUCCAAACACAUUUUCGGCUGACGUCGUUAUUGCACUUCCUGGAUCUCAGUUACAUGAACUAUUGGCGAUUUGUGAUCAUGAAGUUUGGGGUGCAAGACAUGACCCCAAGACUGGAAUCUCAGACCUGUCUGAUCUUGCCGCAACGAGACUUGAAGCGCAGGAAAGGAAGGAAAAUUCCGAACAAACAAUUAUGAUGUAUCAUAUCAGUAUGGAUUGGUGUCAAUUCUGACUCGCUGGGAAAGGACGGCGCAUUUGUCAAAUGCCAUUCUGCACCAGAUUUUAUGCCUUUCAUGGACAGGCCCCAUUCAUAGGACUGUCAAUCCGGGAAACAGGGACACGACGGUUUCUCCCUCGGAGCCACUGUAGCUCGAUGCAACAUUCCAGCAACUAAGAGUGGCCCACCGAUUUCCACGGCUCAAUGCCGUGUUUGAAACAAAUAAACGCAAACUGUCAAAGACUUUCUGGUUGAGGAGGCAAAUCCGUUUGCUUUGCUCCGUUGGGCUCUUGGGUUGACUCAACAUUUUCUUUGCCUCCUGUACUACGAAUCACAACUCGAGCACUUUUCAUGGCGGUCUUCUGCUGCACAGCAUGACUUGCUUGCAUCCAGCGCCAUGAGCUGAUUUUCAGUCUCGUCCGUCCUGCAGCUUAAAGAUACCCGCUGGCUCCCGCCCACGACUGUGCCAACCUGGUGGAUCGACCCGCCCGCCACUGCUCUCUUGGCUAAUGGGGAGCUUGGACGGGGAAAAUAUUAUUAGUUUUGAGACAUUUGAGAAGUGAAACUAUUGGGUAUUUUUCUCGAGGGAGUCGGGAGGGUGGAAGGAUCUGACUGGAGAUGGAAAGGUUGGUGCUAACUUCAUGGGAGAUAUUCAUGCUGUUCCGCGAACCGUCCCAACGGUAACUAGCUGCCAUAAUGCACGACGGGAGUUUAUCUGGAAGACGGGAGCUGCUGCGUGACAAGGAGGUCCGAGCAACGGAUCAGAACUCGAUCUUGAUGCUAACAAACGCGAUCGACGGAACGAGAUGUGUAUGCUGACGAGUGACAGCCGUUGAUCUGCAUUUCCUGUUCCUGAGACAAGUCGGCGGGAACCCUUGAGCAAAUUCCCAGCGGCUUGGUCCAUAUGACCACGUCAAUGGUAUGUUGCAGGCCUUGACCGCUUCCGUGUCUCAUUUCAUAUGUACAGACGCAUCUGUCUGUCGUGCACACAGUCUGGAUCAGGUAAGGCCGUAAGGGCGACAAGGAGGGGCGCCAACUCCUCUGCCGGCCACUGCAGCGAACGCCUUUUCAUCAUUUGCAUUCGAGCAAAACCUUCGCAUUGGUUAUGUCUGCAUUGUUUACGAGUCGUGAGCCCCCCCUCAACUUGGCAUCUGUAUAGUACAGCACAAAUAUCAGACACAUUCCCUUGCCAAUAUUCGGCGGCGGCUGCGGCGUUUCCAAAAGUCGAGAGAGGAAAAAAUGAUCGAGAUACACUGAUACAGUACGGUACCAAUGCCAACCAGCUAGGGUGGAGUACGGAAAAUGAUAUCCUUCUCGACCGUGAACCCUGGAUCGGCUAUUAAAAUGUUUUCGGAUAGUCUGGCAGGGUCACUGAUGGCGACAGGCAAUCAGCUUCAAGGCCACACAUACCUGUCGACCUAUCGAGGGAUUAACUUUGACCCCUACAAGGGUUCAGGAAAAUAGUUUCGCGUACCGCC